AGACGCUACAUUUUUAAAUGGAUCGUGUUUAAUGUGCAAAAGAAAGAAAUUACAUUCCGUUAAAUAACACAACCUGAAACAAGACUGCUGCGUGUGAUGUGGAAUUGUUUUACUCACGUAAUAUUCAUUUAAGAAGUCCUUGGAAGCUAAGACUGCGUUUUCUUGUACUUUCACGUCCUACGACAUGGCCGCAUUGGCAGCUAAACGUGAGGGACCGCAGUUUAUCAGCGAGGCUGCGGUGAGGGGCAACGCCGCUGUCCUCGAUUACUGUCGGACGUCCGUGUCAGCUCUGUCCGGGGCGACUGCAGGCAUUCUCGGCCUCACGGGACUAUACGGCUUCAUUUUUUAUUUCCUCGCGUCGUUCCUGCUCUCUCUCCUCCUCAUUCUCAAAGCCGGUCGGCGAUGGAACAAGUGUUUCAAAUCCAGACGACUGCUCUUCACUGGUGGUCUUGUCGGCGGUCUCUUCACUUAUGUGUUGUUCUGGACUUUUCUUUAUGGUAUGGUGCACGUAUACUAAAGAAUAAAGCAGGAGAAUACAAGCUCCCCCGUGGCUCAUCGACUUUGAGUUCAGCUGUCAUGUAGUUUUAGAACAUGGAUGUUGUCGAGAUUGGCACGUAGUCCCCGAAAGACUAGUGAUUAAUGUAUGUAAGCUUUUGUUAGCUACUUGUAGAAUAGAUGUUGAAUCAGUCAUAAAUACUUCACAUUUAAACCUUGAUUGCACUGAAACUAGAUACAAAAUGUUGUCCAUUAAAAAGUCAUUUGCUUUUUUCUUCCUUUCUUUUUUAGUCCACUCUUACUGUGUUUGUGUUAUAUACUGAUGGACAUUACCACACUGGUCAUUAUAAUCAUACCAUAUAAAUAUCUGUUCUAUGCUU